AUGGCAGCACAAGCCCUCGUGCAACAAGCUGAAACUAACAGGGAACGCAUUCAAAAAUUGGUGCGACAAUUACAAACCGCCGAUCCGUUCCUCGCCAAUUCACCAGAGAUUCUCAGUGUUUUAUCGUUUGUCAAGUCUCCGAAACUAGUCGAAAUUAAGGAGAAGCCAGUGACAAAACAGAAGACGGCAGUUGUCUCCGUUGAGAAGUCAUCAACAGUGGAUAAAUCUGCCAGUGAAUUGUUGGAUCCUGACAAGCUAAGUUAUGCUGAUAUCGCCGCCGGCCGAGUUAGUCCCAAUCCUUUCUCAGACGACUCCAACGCCACCGCUUUUGAGCCACUCGAAGCUACUCCACCUAUCACCCCUACCAUCUCAGAACCCGUUAUUGUUAUAAAAGAAUCAAGUCCUGCGGAAGCAGAACCUGUGCAAACGAAAACUGAAAUAACUGUCGAUAAUGCUCCACCGAGAGGAGAACGUCAAAGUAGAUCUACGAAGAAACGUGUACCACCAACAAAAGAAACUAAAAAACUGCCCCCACAAAAAAUCACCACGAAACCUAAAGACAGAAAGGAAAUUGAGGUUUUAGAAACAAUUGUCAAGUCAUCAUCAUCACUAGCAGCUCCUCAGCCCAGGCGUGGAAGGUCACCUAGUCCUAUGUGGAUCAGUGGAGAGUCACUCACUUAUUCCGAAGUAGUUAGAGGUGGUUCCUUGUCAAGACCACAGAGUAGAUCUGCUACUCCAGAUCAAUUCAAGAGUAUACCCUCCAAGCUAACGAAGGUUCAUCAUGAAAUUACACCACAAAUUGUUCAGGAUAACUUGCCUACACAAACUAAGAGUGUGAGUGCUCCUGUUACUCAAACCUACCAAACUCCUCAUGAUUUCAGUAGAAAACCACCUGUUGAACAAAGUGUGCCUGUGCAAACGAUGUUACCUCCUGAAUCAAUUCAGUACAAUCCUUUCAACCAGACUGUUAUCCAUAGCACACUGAAUUAUUCAGCAGAUAUUUUCCAGCCUUUCAUUCCUCCUCAAGAUGGAGUAUCGAGUUUUAUAGCGUCGGGACAACAGUUGAUGAGCUCCGGUUUGGGUACAUAUCUGAACAGUACUCCAGUUUACAGCCAAGCUCAUUUUAUUAGUUACGAGAGCACUGGAAUCCCACCCACAUCACUCGACUAUCAAGAGGAACAUCCAGUUCAAUUCAGUGUUGAAUCUCAGCAUUUUGUUUUCCCUCAGAAAGAAUGUAGUUAUCAGACUCUUGGUGAAGAUUUAGCAUACACCCAUCCGAAAGCAGCCGAAUCAGCUGUGAAUCCUGCAGUUGAAUUACCUGAAAACGAAAACAGUGGUGUAUCAUACGCUACAAUCUUAUCGCAAGGGUUAAGUGACAAGAAACCUGUUGACAAAUCAACUACUUCACCUGUUCUGCCCUCCAAAACAGCAGAUCAGGCUGAAACGCCUUCUCCUUCGCAUGAUGUUAUUGUCAUGGAAAGUGUAGAAGAUAUUACUGUCACUGAAGAUAAUGAAACCGAUUCAAUUCAAAAUAGAAAGUCAGGAAAGAGGAAAGGUAAAAACAACAAGCCUACUUCUCAAACUCAGAAACCUGAAGAUGCUAGUUUAGAAUUUAUUAAAGCUGAAAGUGAAAUCUUGACACCUACUGAUGAACCAGCUUCGACUGAUAAGAAUAAGAAUAAAAGUAAAGGAAAAACAUCAAAGCCAAGUAAAAGUUCUCUUGAAAAUGAGAAAAAUGUUGAAACAGAAGUAACCACCCCUCCAGCUGUUAAUCCCGAUGAAAUAUUGGGGAAAGUCAAGGAAUCACCUUUGGAGAGUGAAAAUGUCAAGCCAGACAAGAAAUCUAAGAAAAAAGGAAAGAACACCAACAAAACAGAGGUUACUAAAGUUGGUGAUAGUUCCAAAGAUAAUGAAAGUUCACAUUUGAACUUAGAAAAUGAUAAGUCAGUCAAUUCGAACAUCUUGACUGAUGUGGAGACCAAUGUUGUCAAGAGUUCAAAGAAGAAAAAUAAAAAUAAAUCGAAAUCAACCCCUAGCGUUGAGUCGACCCUUGAAAUCUCAACUCAUAGUAUCAAAUCAGUAACAGAUGAGUUGAUUUCUGAAGAGAACUCGCCCAUUGCACAUAGGACUGAGGUGAUAAUUGAAGUCAAGCCAUGUGAAAUCACAAAAUCUCCACCAAUUCUUGAGAGUAGCAGCACAGGCAUUGAUACUCCAGCUGGGAAAACCUCCAAAAAGAAGUCUCCAAAAUCCAAAAAUACUGAUAAAAUCACCGCAGAAAAAACAGAUGACAACAAAUCUGAUGAUGCAGCAAUUGAUGAUAAGAAAGACACUGCCCAACAAGGAAAAUCCAAGAAAAAAUCUGGAAAAGCAAACAAAUCAGUUAUUGAGAGCAGUUCAGUAGAACAAAUAACCACCACAACUCCUCAAAUCGAGAAAGCUCCUAGUAAAAACAAGAAAAAGAAUGCCAAUAAUACGAAAAUCGAGUCUUCUGACAAUGCUGAUGAGAAAAAUAUUCACUGUGAGGUAUUGAUUGAAGAAUCACUCACCUUGCCAGAAAUUGACAAUGCUUUGAUAAAGGAAGAUAAUGAGAAGAAACAAAAAAGUAAGAAUAAGAAGAAAAACAAUAAAAAGAAUCAGAAUACCCCAGAAAUCACUUCUCUUGAAAGUGUUGUUGAUUCAACAGAACAAGAUGAUAAGGAGAAGAAACCAGAAGAUAAAAAUGAGAAAGAAACACCAGAAAUAACUUCUUCUGAGAGUGUUGUUGCUCCAACAGUAGAAGAUGAUUUUGAGAAGAAACCAAAAAAUAAAAAUAAAAACAAGAAAAAUAAGAAAGAAACACCAGAAAUUAUUUCUCUUGAAAGUGUUGUUGGUUCAACAGAACAAAAUGAUAAUGAGAAGAAACAAAAAAAUGAGAAAGAAACACCAGAAAUAACAUCUUCUGAGAGUGUUGUUGCUCCAACAGGAGAAGAUGAUAAUGAGAAGAAACCAAAAAAUAAAAACAAGAAAAAUAAGAAAGGAACACCAGAAAUUACUUCUCUUGUGAGUGUUGUUGAUUCAACAGAACAAGAUAAGGAAAAGAAAUCAAAAGAUAAGAACAGUGAAAAUGAGAAAGAAACACCAGAAAUAGCGUCUGAGAGUGCUGUUGCUCCAACAGAAGAUGACAAUGAGAAGAAACCAAAAAAUAAAAAUAAAAACAAGAGAAAUAAGAAAGAAACAGCAGAAAUAACUUCUGAAGGUGUUGGUGCUUCAGCAGGAGAAGAUGAAAAUGAGAAGAAACCAAAAAAUACGAACACAAACAAGAAAGAUGAGAAGGAAACACGAGAAAUAAUCACUUCUGAGAGUGUUGUUACUUUAACAGGUGAAGAUAAUAAUGAGAAGAAACAAAAAAAUAAAAACAAGAAAAAUGAGAAAGGAACAACAGAAAUAACUUCUUCUGAAAGUGUUGUUGAUCCAACAAGAGAAGAUGAUGAUAAGAAAGCGAAAAAUAAGAAUAUUAAGAAACCCUUAGAAAAGGAGGAAACCCCAGAAAUAAUUACCACUGACAGCGUGGUUCAAUCUACCGAAACUGAUGAUGCAAAAACUUUGAAAACUGAUAGUGAAAUCCCAGUUUCUAAAGAUGACAAUGAAAAGAAGUCUAAGAAGAAGAACAAGAAUAAGCCAAUAGAUGCUAAGGUGGGUCAGUCACAAACCACUAGUCCUCCCAACACAGUGAUAGAAAACACUGCAUCUGAAUCCGUGGAGGUAGACAACUCACAAACUGAGAAAGAAGGUGAAAACAUUCCUGAAACUACAGAAGAGGAAGGAAAGAAGUCGAAAAAGAAGAACAAAACGAGGGAUGCCAAGAAAAAAGAUGACACUGAGGCAAGCCCCUCUGAAAAAUUAAUUGAAAAUGAAUUAAAAUCUACCAAGCCUGUGGUUGCUAAUAAAGACGUAGGAAAUAGAGUUAUUGAAUGUGUUGAGAUAGUGGAAGUAUAUGAAGAAGGGAAAGAUAAAUCAAGAUUUGGGUUAUCAGUGAGUCCUCAAGAAACAGAUAAACCAGUUCAAGUGACUGUGGAAAAUACUCUUCCAUCAACUGGAAAUGAAGCUCCCGACAAAAGUUCAAAAAAGAAGAAUGGUAAGAAGAAUGCUAAGGAGGAAUUCCAUUCAGAAACAGCUGAGCCUGAAGAAACUACAAAGAAUAGUGGGAAUGAUUCAAUCGAUUCUAGCUGUCAAAUAAUAAUCCAAGAACGUGCAACAGACAAGAAAACGCCUGCUGACAAGGGUAAAAAGAAAGGUAAGAAAGCACCAUCAAAACAGGAUGAGGUAUCAGAAUCUACUACUUCUGAAGAUCCACCCAAGAAUAUUGAGGUACCUGAUAAUGAAUCUAUCAUCAAAGAUACAAAAGUCGACUCUAGUGAUAAAAAUGAAGCUACUGUAGAGGAGAAACCCAGCAAAGUUGAAAUAAUUAAAUCUGAUGAGCCUAUUGGAGUAGAAGUGAAUAGCUCUCAAUCUACUAGUGGCUCGAAAGGAAAGAAGAAUAAGAACAAAAAUAAGAAAGAUGCAUUGCCAGAAAUCAGUAAAGAUGAGGCAAUACUACCUCCUGUUGAAACACCUCUUCUUGAAAAUAGUACAGAUAUAAAAAUUGAUACACCAUUAUGUGUGAAAGAUGUGACCUCAAGAGAUAAUGAUGCUGAAGAUGGAAAAAGUAAGUCAGCCAAUACAGGAAAAAAUAAGAAAUCAGAUAAAGCGAAGAAGGAUCAGACUCCAAUUAAACCACAGGAAUCAGCUCCAGAACAAGGAAGCCCAGUAGACAGCACUCUCAUAGUUUCUGACAUCAAGUUGAGUGAUAAAAAAGAAACUUCCAAGAAUAAUGAGAAGUCAGAUGUGAAACCAUCUCAAUCGAAAAGCAAAACCGAUUCUGAUAUCAAAUCAGGUGUAGAAAAUACUGAUGAGAACAGAAUUCACUCGGCCGUUAUGAUAGAAACGCCAAAAGAUGAACCCAAAAUUGGGGAUUCAACAUCCAAAGAAGACUCAUUGCUCACUUCAAUUUCUGACUACAACACGUCCCCAUCUCUAAAAACGGAGGGAACAGAUUUCAUAAUGAAAGAGCAACAGAGUGUACAAUUGUUAGAAAAUAAUACACCAAAACAGAAGAACAAAAAAUCGAAAGCAGAUAAAACAGAGGGAAGUGAUUUCAUAAUGAAAGAGCAACAGAGUGUACAAUUGUUAGAAAAUGAUGAUCCAAAACAGAAGAACAAAAAAUUGAAAGCAGAUAAAAAUGGAGGUGAUAAGAGUGAAGUGAUUUCAAAAGCAAAAAUAAAAGCUGCCCCUGAUGCUGGGACAAAAGAAAGUGAACUCAUUGCAAUUGAAAAUAAAUCAGAAGUGCACUCAGAAACAAUUUCGCCCUCAAUUGUUUCAGAUUCCAAUAUUGAAAUAGAAAUAGAAGUUAGUCAGGCUCCAAGUGAACCAGAUAAAACUGAAGAAAAUCAAACUGAUAAGAAGGGUAAAAGCAGGAAGCGCAAAGUAAAUGCAUCUAAUUCUGUAACCUCAAACAAAACGGAUCCAUCUUCCAGUCCACCUCAACCUCCAGAGAAAUCAGUAACAACAUUCCCAGCUCCAGAGCAGUCUCAGAUUCAGAUUCAAGCGAAAAAAGGAAUAACAGAAGGAAAAUUGAAUACUGAUGAAAGUAAAGCCAAUGAUAUGAUCAAUCUGGAAGCAGCAAUAUGUAUCUUGAAAGAACAGACAGCAUCAUUGGACGUUGAGAAUACACCUGUAAUCAUAAAUGAAGAAAUUCAACAAUCAGAGGACAAGGACUGCAAACUCAGCAAAGCUUUGAAGGAAGCUCCAAUCAUCGAUGUGGGAGUCAAAGUGGUUGAUGAACAUCCAACGCCUGUUUUGAUUGAGAGUGGAAUCAAAGCUCAUGACUCUGAUCUUACAAAUGUCUCCACUGAUAAUUUGAAACAAGUUGAUAACAAAAAUAAGAAGUCCAAAUCAAAGAACAAGCAGCAUGAGCCUAAAGAAACACCUGUUACACAGUCUCAUGAAGUUGGUGUCAAUCAAACUGUUCCUAAAAAUGAAGAUGAAAAACUUGAGAAAAUUGAUCCAGCUCCAACGGUUAGUGAAGCUGCUUCUGAUGCUAACCGUAUAGAAAAAGAUCAUCAUGUGAAGGGUAAGUCUAAAUCUAAAAAUAAAUCGAAAACAAAAGAGUUUGUUUUGGAGCCUGAUACCAUUCAAGCAUCACAACCUGACCAGACAAUUGAACAGAUAACCAUUGAAAAGACAAUAAUUGAAACUCCUGAAACUCAAAAACCAGUGGAAACAAAAGGUGAAAUCGUUGAAAAAAUUGAUAUAGCCAUUACAGAACUUGCUCCUACUGAAAACAAGGUAGUUGAGUCAGAUGACAAGACUACAACUGCUCAAAAUAUUGAACAACUUCAACCUGGGAAUAAAAAAUCAAAAUCAGAGAAUAAGAAAAAGUCAGAUGAGUUGAAGAAGGAAGGAAGCAAUAAAGACAAUGAUUUGAACAAAAAAGAAGAAGCCCCAAAAGAUUCAACCCUUGGAUUGGAGCAACAUGGAAUCAAGGUAGAUAAGGUUAUUUCGAAGCAAGCAUCUGUUCCAGAUAAAGGUAGAAAUGGUAAUAAGAAAUCCAAAACAAAUACCACAGAAGUGCCAGUUGCAACUGCAAAUGAGAAUGUAGAGAGUUUCAAAGACAAAGAUGAUGUCAUUGUGGAAACAAACAUUGUGAUUGAGGAGAAUGUAGAAGUCACCCAAGAUUUAAAAGAUCCAAAAUUGAGUGGAAAGGUAGAAGAGUUGAAUGUUGAGCCAGUAGCUACUGGAAAAGGUAAGAAUAGGAAUAAGAAAUCAAAGUCGAAAGACAAACCACUUGUUGAAACUGUGGAAAUUGUUCCACAAGUUGAAGAAAAAUCAGUUGAAAAUAAGAGUGUACCAGUAACAAAUGAAGAGAUAAAGGAGAAGAUCGAAGAGCCUGCCAGUGCUAUUGUGGAUCAUGAAGUAAAUAUUAUUGAAGAUUCAAAUCUGGAUCAAACACCUUCUAAAACUCCUGAAAAGGGUGAAAACAAGUCUAAAAAGUCAAAGUCAAAGAAUAAGCAGCCAGCUAAAGAAACAGUAGCUCCUCCAAAAAUUCAGCAUGAGGAGAAAGAAACUAAUAAAGGAUUAGAGUCAAGCUUGGAUGUAAACAUCGAAAUUGAAAAAUCUCCAGGAAAAGUUUCUGAAUCAGAUGAGAAAAUAAUCAAAGUUGCUCAAGAUAAAGCAGCUCAAGAAAAUUCAAAGCAGGAUCAGAACAAAGGGAACAAAAAUGAGAAUAAAAAAGGAAAAUCAAAAAACAAGAUCAAAGAACCGGCUUCACUGACAGAAGAUCUCACUACCAAAAAAUCUGAAACAGAAAUUAGUGAUAUUGUUACAAUAAAACCAGAAGAGGAUGUUAAGGUGGUGGAUAAAAUUGAAUUAUCUAUUGCUCCAAGUGUAUUAGAACAGAACACUAGCAAAACCAUUGAGUCUUCUGAACAAGUACCUUCUGAGAAGUCAGAAAAUUCUGAUAAGUCUGGGAAAAAGAAGUCAAAGAAAGGAAAUAAAGUCUCUAAUGUGGAAGUAAAAAUUGAUACAAAAUCUGCUGAAGUAGUUAUUGAUAAAUCAAAUGUAGAAAACAAAAAUGAAGAAGCAGUGGAGAAAAUUAAACCAGUUUCUGAGCCAACCAUUAGUGAUGUAGAAGAAAAAUCAGGCAAGGAUAGUGUAUCAAACCUGAAGGAAUCAAGUUCAGCUGAAAUUCAACAACAAGAUAAGCAAAAGUCUAAGAAAUCAAAACCAGAAAAGAAGAAUCCUGUCCCACAGCCUGAGUCACCUGCCAUUCCGCAGGCCACUGAUAAGCUAGUCGAGGAGAAAAUUCAGCCAACUAAAUUGGUGACCACUAUUGAAGCAGAAGAAGAAAGUAAAUCCCUUGAGCAAAACCCCCCUAACUUGAUUGCAGAAACAACAAAAGUAGUAGAGGAGAUUAGCAAGCAAAAUAUUCCUGAAAGUGACGUGAAGAGCAAAGAUUCAAUCUCUAAAUCUGCAGAAGUUGAUACAAAAUCGAAGAUUCCUGAACAAGAUAAGAAAAAUAAUAACAAGAAAGGAAAAGGGAGAAAGAGGGAGGAACAACCAGUGAACGGAACCACCACUAAAAAGGAUGAAAAACAUGAAGAGGAGGCUGUUACAACAAUUGCAAAAUUGAGCUCUUUGGCCAACAAUAGUGUCAAAAAUCAAGAAGUUCCUUCUAAUGAACCCAAACCUUUGGAUAUCAGUCAGUUAGACAGCAAUCUGGUCAUUGAAAACAAGGAAAAAUCAAAUCUUGAAGCCAAAAAAGAUGCGGUAGAAAUAUCUGAAGUGAUUGAAAUCAAGGAGAGCUUUGUAGUUCAGGAAUCUGAUUCAAGUCUUCCAAAAUCACAUGGUGGAGAAUCUAAUGAGCUGACAGUAAUAGAGGAAAGUAGUAUGUCUGGAAAGAAUAAAAAGAAAAACAAAGGCAAUAAAAAUACCAAACCAGGAAAAGAGAUAGAAAGUGAAAAUAUCAUCAAAGAUACUCCCACAUCAAUACCUGUAGAAAUCAAAUCAUCUGGUACUGAAAGUGCUAGUGAAAGAUCAGGAAAAAAGAAAAAUAAGAAGAGGAAGAAUGAAGAUGAUAUUAAAAGUGAGAGUGUUGAACCUGCUAAAUCAGAUAAGGAAGAACAUAUUGUUCAGAAAGUAACUACUCAUGGCCCACAAUCUCUCUCAUUUAUGCCACAGUGGAUUCUCCAGCAGUCAGAAAAUAGUUGUAGCAAGCCAUCAGCACCUCAACCAGCUCAGCAAAAUUCGAAUAUCCAGUCAAUGGAAGAACAGAAUGUAGUCACUGGAAUCUCAGGAUCAAAUAUUGUAGCUGCCAAAGAAGACAAACAAGUAGAAGAAAUUCCAAAGCAAUCUGUUUCAAAUGAAACUAUUAAGUCAUCUCCAUUAUUAUCUGAAGGUCUUGAAAAGUAUUUAGAAGCAGAAGCAGCUGAGUUUGGUAUAUUUGGCUCUGUCAAGGAUCGACCUGGUCAAAAACCUAAGCCACCCCAAUCACCAAAACCCAAAAGGAAAAAUAAAUCUUCUGCCCAGAGUGAAAGAAGCUUGAGCUCUUCAGAAACAAGUGAUGGAUCCAAAAAAGAAUUACAGCCCAUGAAAUCUGAAAUUUUUGUAAAACAACAAAGUCCAGAGAAGAAUGAAAUAAUUAAAACAUCUUCUCUGUCAGUGACUUUAGCUAAGGUUGUUCCAGAUGAUAAGUCACUGAAAACUAAAUUGGAUUCUCCAGAUUUGCACUCCUCAUCUCCUUCACCCGGCUCCAAAGAGGCAAGCAAAUCAGUUGAGAGUAGCAAAAUCCAUUUGAAAUCAGGUGAUGAUUUUCUUGAUAUUUUGGAUUGUCCUAUGGUGAUAGAUGAUGAAGAAGAUGCCAGUAUUUCUACUGCUCCAGAUGUUCUCAAGCCAUCAAAUUCAAAAUCAGAAUCAACAUCAACUAUAGCUAUUUCUGAAGUAGAAAGUAAACCAGUUGAAAGUAGCAAAAUCCAUUUGAAAUCAGGUGAUGAUUUUCUUGAUAUAUUGGAUUGUCCAAUGGUGAUAGAAGAUGAAGAAGAUGGGAUUUUUUCAACUCCAAAGGUUUUCAAGUCAUCAAAUUCAAAAUCUACUGUAGCUAUUUCUGAAGUGAAGAGUAAACCAGUUGAAAGUAACAAAAUUCAUUUGGAAUCAGGUGACGAUUUUCUUGAUAUUUUGGACUGUCCAAUGGUGAUAGAUGAUGGAGAAGAUGAGAGUAUUUCUGCUGCUCCAGAGGCUCCCAAACCAUCAAAUUCAAAAUCAACUUCUACUGUGACUAUUUCUGAUGUGAAAGUUAAACCAGUUGAAAGUAGCAAAAUCCAUUUGGAAUCAGGUGAUGAUUUUCUUGAUAUUUUAGACUGUCCAAUGAUUAUAGAUGAUGAAGAAGAUGAGAGUAUUUCAACUCCAAAGGUUUCCAAGUCAUCAAAUUCAAAAUCUACUGUAGCUAUUCCUGAAGUGAAGAGUAAACCAGUUGAAAGUAGCAAAAUACAUUUGGAAUCAGGUGAUGAUUUUCUUGAUAUUCUAGACUGUCCAAUGGUAAUAGAUGAUGAGGAAGAUGAAAGUACUCCCACUGCCCCAAAAGUUUCUGAAGACAAAAUAUCCACCUUGACCAUGAUGCAUUCUUCAAAACAACCAAUAACAAAAUUGGGAAAAGAAAAAACUGAACUCUGCAAGGCUCUUGAAAGUAAGCCCGCAAGUACAACUGAUGAUAAUCCAAGUUUCUAUGAAAUUCAAAAGUAUGAUAUGUUUGAAAUAUCUGAAGCAGAGAAACGCUUUGCCAAGCUGUUGGAAAGUGAACGCAAUGCUAUGUGUCCCAGGAGUCACACUGCUGACCUGAGGCGAAUUGGAGGAGAGACAGCGACUGUUUCCCCUGUUCCUUCAAAAAGUGAUGAUGAAAAAUCAACAAAGAGACUAGUACUGCAUGCUGAACACAUAGUUGAAGAAAUACCCGAGGAGAAAUGUGAUGAUAUGAGAUUGGCUGAUCCAGAUACACCAAAAAGAUUUGUUGAUGAUGAUUUCUUCAGUAUAAUGACCAGGACCUGUAAUACUACUUUAUCUCCUGCAUUAACUAUUGAAUUAACUCCUGAAACAAGCCCAACCAGUGAACCAAGUACUCUUUCUUGGUCUCAAGUUGCUGCUAGGGAGAGACCAUCGCAAACUGGGGACUCAGAACCUCCAUUGCCUGGCACAUCACGUGUUGAAGAAAAAGUCAUUGAAGAAAAAAGGCCAGUUUGUAUAAAAGAAUCAGAUAAACCACCCAAAGUUGAUCAUUUGCCUAUUGCUACAAUCGAUUCUGAAGGAUUCAUCAAGUUUGUCUCCAAGAGAGAGAUACGCAAACAACGAUCGAGAACUAGUUCAAGAAAUGAUGAUGACGGUUCCAAGACUGCUGGGAAGACGGGUGAGACUCCACUUGUAGACAAUAAAUCUGAUACUGUAAGGAAAGAAACAAGCAGCGCUGGUGAAAGUGAUGUAUUGAAACCAGCAGAAGAAAAUACUGCUAAUUUAGCUUUAGAUACGGGAGUAUGGUUGGACAAAUGGAAAUAUCACGACGCUGAAGUCAAGUACUUUGAAAGCAUGGGCAAAAUAAAAAAAUCGCCGCCGUCAGUGAUUGUGGGUGCAUCAGCUGGGAACAAUGACGACGAAGGGGGUCCUAGUGGCAGUGGCCCUCCCUCUCCCACGAGGGGAAAGCGGAGUGCAAACCAAGAACCUCGCGGUGAAUUGGCAAACGGAACGGAGCGCCUUGCUGCUGACUUACCAUCAGGGCUUGGAGGCUGGUCGGAUUAUAGUACUUAUAUCUCAGACGAAGAUCCAAUGCAUUUGAACACUACCACCACCCCUGCCGAUUCCAAUAGUAUCCACCACGAAGACAACUCACACAGCAAAGAGGAGAUUUUGAUAGAAGUAAAAGAGCAUGAAAAAUGUGCAUCGAAGAUUUCCGAGAAUCUGUCAAAUCUACCGUCAGAUCCUGAAACGACUGAAAUGGAAAAUGAAUUAACUCUUUUGAAAACAACUAUCAAAUCAUUGAUUCCUGGAGGAGACGUAGGAAAAUUACCAGAAGGAGUGAAAGAAUUCAUCGAUAAUGAGAAGAUAGCUAAUGAAACAACUCCACCAGCUGAAGGCACAUAUAAAAUUGAGAGAGACGAACUCUCACCUGUUCCGGAAAUCACAAAGGACGACACCAUAGCAUCCAACCUAUCACCUAUUCCCGAUGAAGAAGUCCUAGGAGUCAGUCCGAUUCCAUUGGAAGUGGAGGAACCCAGAUACGAAGUUGGAGUGACCGAGGUUGGCUCGCAAACUGGAAGGAGUCUAGCCAUGUCACCCGACCACAAACUCAUAGCUGCUGAGGUUCAAACCGAUCUGUCCCAGAAAUAUCCCACUGCAGUCGCCAUACAAACAGAACAGAGUGCACAGAGCACAAUACAAGUGUUUCAUAAAACUGAUGGAAAUGAGGAGACUAUCGAGAUUGCAACUAAAACUAACGUCGGUACUGAUAGACUUCCAAUCACUGAAGCAAACAAAGAUGAUAAUGUCACUGUUGAGGUCAAGUAUAAGGAGAAGAAACCCACUGAGAUUGGAGAUCCUGAAUUUGGCUCUAUGUCUGAGUUGAGUAUAGUUCAUACAGAUCCUCAGGCUUUCGACACUAUUGUCGUGGACCCUGAUGAUACUUCUACUGAAGUGAUUGUUGACAACGAUGGAACCAAGAGGAUAAUUGUGAGGAAAGUCAGACGUGCGGUGGUGUCUCACCAACAGAGGAUCCUCACCGAGACCAGAUCGAGAACAAACAUUCCAGCUGGUGUGGACGCUGAGUCAUCUGGAGUGAAGCCUUUGGCAUUCUCAGAGGUGUCUUUGCAGCAACAGCAGAAGGUGUUCUCUGAAGUGACACCCGAUGGAACUAUCAGACAUAUUACCCAGGGAUACUCUGGGCAAGUUACCAAAGGACCUACCACCUCUCACAUCAAAACUUCUGAAUUUGUCAGUGAAGCUCCUCUGGAUGCCACAAGUGAACUUACUGAACUCCCAAUGUCAUCUUCCAAUGUUCGCACUGUAGUCCACCAGGUUUCUAGAAAGAUCAUCAGGAAAACAAGGAAAGUUAUAAGAAAAAUCACUAUCAUUGAUGGAAAAGAGCAUGUUGUCGAAGAAGUAAUAGAGGAGCCUGAUGAUGUUGAAAUGUAUGAAGAUACAAUACCUCGUGUUAGUAUUCACAUUUCUAAAGAAGGAGGGGAAAACGUUAUUGUUCAAGAGCCUGGAGAAGGAGGUCAAUUGCCAGCUGAUGAAGGUACUAGCUCAACAGUUGAAAUAUCUGAAAUUCACUCUGAAGAUGAGUUGGAUAAGAUUGUUGAUCAGCCAAAAACUCCAGCUAUUGAGAGUGGUUCACCAAAAGAAGCACCCCAUACAAGUGUUCCAGAUGAUUCACUACCUGUAAAAUCAGACAAAUCAAAACCAACCGCUGAUAAUCAUAAACCUGGAAAGCCUGCUAGCUCUAAGAAGCAAAAAGGUAAGAAAAAUGCUAAAGAGCCUGUAGUGCAUGCAUCACCGCACAAAGUAGUGGAACAAUUUAUCAUUUCAGAAAAAUUCAGUGAGGACAGACCUGAAUCACCUGUUCAAGUAGUAGAGGUGAAAAUCAUUAAGGACAAACCUGAAUCACCUGUUCAAGUAGUGGAAGAGAAAAUCAGUAAGGACAAACCUGAAUCACCUGUUGAAGAAAUAAAAGAAAAAGUCAGUAAGGAUAAACCUGAAUCACAUGUUCAAGUAGUAGAGGUGAAAAUCAGUAAGGACAAACCUGAAUCACCUGUUGAAGUAGUUGAAGAGAAAAUCAGUAAGGACAAACCUGAAUCACCUGUUCAAGUAGUGAAAGAGAAAAUCAGUAAGGACAAACCUGAAUCACCUGUUCAAGUAGUGAAAGAGAAAAUCAGUAAGGACAAACCUGAAUCACCUGUUCAAGUAGUGGAAGAAAAGAUCAGUAAAGGUAAACCUAAAUCACCUGAUCAAGUAGUGAAAGAAAAAAUCAGUAAGGACAAACCGGAAUCACCUGUUCAAGUAGUGGAAGAAAAGAUCAGUAAAGGUAAACCUAAAUCACCUGAUCAAGUAGUGGAAGAAAAAACCAGCAAGGGCAAACCUGAAUCACCUGUUGAAGUAGUAGAAAAGAAAAUCAGUAAGGACAAACCCAAAUCACCUAUUCAAGUAGUAGAAAAGAAAAUCAGUAAAGACAAACCAAAAACACCUGUUCAAGUAGUGGAAGAAAAAAUCAGUGAGGACAAAACUGAAUCACCUGAUCAAGUAGUGGAAGAAAUUCUUAUUCAUAAUGUAGAUCAACCAGAGAGCCCUGUUGUAGGAAAAACAAGUGAUCCAUCUGAUACCUCAGAAAGUAAAUCUGAGAAGUCUGAUCAACGUAAGAAAAGAGAUAGAAAAGGUAAGAAACAGGCUAAGAAAUCCCCACAGGUCGAAGAAAAGCCCACUGAUAUUGGAAUUAUUGAUUCAGUUCCUGAUUCGAAAACCAUUGAGGUCAAUGUAGAAUCUGUAUCUCCGAUUGUUGAGGUUAUUGAAGUAAGUGAAUCUACACAGUUGAAUGAAAAACCCAUUGAUAUAAAGGAUUCUGAGCCUGUAGUUCAGCAUGAAAUUUUCGAGGUUAAUAUAGAGACUGCAACUCCAGCUAAAACUAAAAAACUGGUUUCAGAUGAAGUGCCAGAAUCAUCAACUGAGGUUGAAGAAAUUAAAAUUGAAAAAACCUCAUCACCACCAAUCAAUGAUGUUAAAUCUACUGACCCAAAAUUUAAUGAUAAGAAGAAGAAAUCUAAGAAAGGAAAGAAAUCACCACCUCAAAAAGACGAAAUUGAAAGUAAGGAUGACAGUGGAGCUACUAAGUCUCCAUCACCCAAAUCUAAAGCAAAAUCAAAGACAACAGAUGAUCUUCUACAUUCUGAACAAUCUCCAAAACAAGAAAUUGAUGAUUCAACUGAUGUAGAGGAGAAAUCCAUUGAAACUGAAGGAACACUUCAUCCAGGUAGUGUUGAUACUGUGAUUAAUUUAGAGAAAGAUCAAUUGAAAAUUGAAACUCCACCUUUGAAUGUAGAACUAGAUGUAAAACUUGAAAAGGAAGAUACUGUGGAGAGUGACAAGCUACCAUCUAAAUCUGCAUUAGAUCCAAAUGCAUCUUUCAUCACUGCAGAAUCUGUGCAUUCGAGUCUUUUGAGCGAUGGUCCCAAAAAGCAGAAACAAGAACCUUUGUCUGAUCAGAAGCCUGUUGUAGAAACUGCUAUCAAAAAAGGAGAAACGGAGGAUACUCAAGUAGGGGAUGAAGAUUUAGCGUGUGCUCUAAUCAAAAAUGUACAAAUAAUAACAAGUGUGAAGGAUAGAUCACCAUCCAAGAAUAAGGUGUCACCAAAACUAGUUUCAACUGUGAAGAUGGAAAAGAAGAGCUUAGAACCAACUGGAGAGAUGGAACUGGUGAAAGAAGAGACGUAUGUACAAUUACCAAACACAGUGGAGGUAGCCAAAAUUGUUGAAGCACCUGUAAAAUCUGAUUCUCCAAAAAGUAGUUCGUCUAAAAGCAGUGAGAAGAAGAAGAAAGGUAAAAAAUCUGAUAGUCCAGUUGAAGACUUAUCAGCUGCUACAAGUAUUGCUGAGUCUAUAGAAAUUUCUGUUCCUCACUCGCAUUCCUCAGAGUCAGUGAAACCAACUGAAAAUGAGUUCGAAAUUCAGUCACCAAGAACCGACUCAACUGCUAGUAUCAGUAUACAAGAUCCAGGUUAUGAAGCUGAAGAUAAAACAACAAUGGAUGAAUUAUCAUUAGCAGAGGAUUCAGAUAUCGGUAAGAAUAAGACUAAGAAGAAGAAGAAACAGAAGAUGAAGGUGAACAAAGCUGAUAAGGAGCCAUCAAGUGUGGAGCCCAAGUCCAGUGACUUUGUACCAACCGAUGAACCAGCUGAUGUGCCCAUAGUUGCAAAGCAAAAAGAUUCAAAGAGGAAAGGAAAGAAACAAAAAGGAAAAUCAGAGGAUGCAGGUCCUGUUUUGAACAAGGAAUCUGUGAUUGAGGAAGAGAAUAAAUCUGACUCUUUUAAGGAUCUAAGUGACAAGUCUGCAGAGUCCCCAGUGAAGGUAGUGGAGGAAGCAGUUCCUUCAAGGCCUCCAAGUGGAGACUUGAAAGAAUUCGCCUCAAGUGCAGUUGCUAUAUCUGUACCGGUCAUGGAAAUUGUGCCAACCCAACAUGAACUAGUGCAGACUGUCUCUCCUGAUGCUGAACCCAAGGCUGAAACUGUGGAGUCGUCUAUACAGACCAUCAGAGAGGAAACUCAGGAGAUCUACUCACAAACCAUAACUCCAGAAUCUGAACCUAAACCAGAGGUUUUGGAAAUAUCUAUUCAGACCUCACCAAGAGAAACUGCCGAAGGAACUAUGCAGACAAUCACUCCAGAGCCUGAAGUGAAAGAGACAAUUGAGACUCUGGACUACACAAUGCAAACUGAUCAGCCCUCACUUGGUGAAGGAGAGGUACAAACAGACUUUGUCAAGAUGGUAGAAGACGUAGAGAAUAUUGAAUCUUCCAUGCAAACUGAUACUGAAGAGAAACUUGAAUCUGUUGAGCAAACAUCUCAAACUUCACCGGAACCAGUCAAAGUACCCAUCGCUUCUCAGAUUGAACAGAAUGACCUGAUCAAAACUGAGGAAGAGUGUUCACAGACCUCUCCUCCUCCAACAGUUGCUACAACAGAACUGUCAACUCAAACAAAACCAUCCGAAUUUUUCUUGACUAGUGAUGACUCAUCACAAACGGUGGAUGUUGAACCACUACAGGACAAACAGCCUGCUAAGAAAAACGUUUCUUUCUCAGACCUUGCUGUUUCUGGUACCAAACUGGAAGAAAUUGUCCCUAUUGAAACUUCCGAAUCUAUGUCUCAAACCACUGAGGUUCCUAUCCAAUCACCUGUCAAACAGAAGAAAGAUACAACUAAUUUCACUGUGACAACUACAAAAAUUGAAGAAAUUUCCCCAGCACCAGUGAGUGAUUCUUGCAUGCAAGCUUUUGACUCUGACUCUUCCAAAUCAGCGAAAAGUGAGAAGAAUGCUUCAGGUAGAUCUCCCACAGAAAAUGGCAAGAAGAGUGAGGCUCCAGUUGAGAAACAGGAGGAAGACAAGGCACAAGAACCAGUUGAAUCACAGCAAUCACCAGCUCAGAAGGUGCCAAGCACUAUAGAAGAUGCUAAAAAAUCAAAGUCCAAACGGAGUAAGUUCAGGGAUAAAAAGAGACUACAUGAGGAUUUUGAAAUUGAAGUUCAGGCAACUCUCUCGUACGAGCCUUCAACUGAAACCCCUAUUUCUCCAGUGUUAUCUGAAGUGACUUCAGACUUUGAGGAGAGUAAGAAAGGUAAAAAGAAGAAAGACAAACCUCCAAAAGAUGAACAGAUUGAUCAGGAUGAACAGUUUGAUAAACGUACAACUGAUGAACCCAGUGAUAAAGAUUCACCAAGCACAGACAGUGAGCCAGUUUCUUGGAAAUCUCAUACUCGUGAACCUACUCCGAAAUUGGAAACUCACACUCAAUCGGUUCCUCCAAAGAAAGAUCGAGUGGAUGCUGCUCCUAGGGAGGAGAAACAGAGAGGCAAGAAAGUGGAUGAGAGAUCACCAUCAAGAGAUGAGAUAAAAUCUAAGGCUGGUGAGAGUGCCCCACAUUUGAUAGAUCCGACAAAAUCAGAGAGAAUUCAACCUCUUGUUGGUGAUGACAGUGAGACUUCAGGCAGUGUAGUUACAUCACCUAAGAAAGUUGGAUUCAACAGUCCAGACAGGAGCAUUUCUUCAUUGAGUGUGAAUUCUGGUUCUGAAAGUAAACCUGAUCCAUCUACAUCAAAAUUACAGGUAUCUCUCACUAGUGAAAACGAACCCAUUGAAGAUCCUAAUGAAAAACUGGCUCGCCAGUGGAAGCAAACCGGGUAUACUGUCAGUAAGAGGUUACAAAAUAUGCGUGAUCCUCUACAUUCAACUCAACUUGUCUACUUGACAUCCACUGAUGACGCACAAGUCACGCCCGAAGAGAGAGCUGCAUCAAUCAAGGACAACAUCAAGGAUAUUCAAACUGCUUCGGCAAACAAGGACUCUGUAACCAUCCAAGAGACGAUCACCAUCACAGUUGAAACAAUUUCAACAUGGCUGGAAAUCAUCGAGUACAGAAUUCAUCAAAAUAAGCAAUCAUCCAACCACGGCACUAACCCAGAGGAGAGUUUAUCAGAUAUCAACGCACUCCAAAAAGAAGUCAAUACUCUAGAGUCAAUUAUUCCCGAACUGAAAAAAGCAACAGACAAUUGUAGUGGUGUAUGUAGUGAUGAUACGCGCAAUGAAAUCAAUGCUUUCAUCAACACGCUUCAAGAGCAAGCUAGAGCCGUGCAAAGCAUGGUUGAGGCUUCAAGAUCGAGUGCCGUUGACGACUUGGCCAGAUGGGAGGAGUUCUUGAAUCGAGUGAAUAACAUCAGUGUGCUAGUCGAAGAGCAGAAACGAGAACUUGAAGAUCUGGUCGCAAAGGACUGUCCUUCAAUUGAGGAGAAACUUCAGAAACUGGAUAAUUUUGAAAAACUGAAUGAAAAUCAUUCAAAGAAAGUAGCUGAACUCCUGAAAUGCGCACAAGCGCUACUCCGAGAUUACCCGGCCCGUGAGAUUCCCUCCGAAUUGUAUUCCACACACAACUCUACACAAGCAAUAGGUCAAACCAUUGGAAACGAAAGAGAGAAACUGCUGCAAAUGAUCUUGCUCAUAGAAGAGUAUGAACAAACGUUGAAGGAGUUCCUUCAAAUUGUCGACGUAGCUGAGGACAUUGUGGAGGCACCAAUCUCGGUCACUAGUUUGCCUCAUCUUCAGGACGAAAUGCAGAAACACCGCAAGUUCUUCGUGAACCUGAGCCACUGCAAGGGCAUCCUCGAGUCGCUGGAAGGUCACCUGGACGCGGAGACUCGCGGCAAGCACGCGGCACUGCACGACCGGCUAUAUGCGCGCGCAUCCGCCAUCUUGGACUUGGCUGCUGGCCGCUCGCAGCAGAUGGCGCUCGCUGCGUCGCGGUGGACGGUCAUUGAACAGAGCAUGCGCGAGGAGCGUGGCUGGCUCCAGGUUGCUAGGCAACGCGUGCCUGACCUCGCCACUGUCAACUCAACCGAUUAUGCGCAGUAUAUUUCGCUUUAUCAGACCUUGGUAUCAGACAUCGCCGCCCACCAGGCCAAAAUCAACCAACUAGUGAGCCUGGUACACGGGUUACAACUGCUGGUGCACUCACCAGGCCUCGAAUCGUCUUAUGAAGAACAUCUGAGUAUGCUGCUUGAGCUGCAGGAUAACGUCAACUCCAGCCUGAAUCGGCUGAUGGCGUUCAGAGAGUCGUGGACAGCAUACGACCUGCUCACAUCGCGGCUCGAGAAUUGGAUUCAGUCGGCCACUCAGACGAUAGCGGCAAACUCCACUGAUACAUCACCCAGCAUGAGGCAGUUCUGGGAGCUGAAGGCUCAGUUUGAGCUGCACAACCACAUUAGAAAUGAAGCCAGCGAACAUUUCGACACAUCUUUGAGAAUUGUGACAGUGGCUGAUGAGAAUCUGCAGCGGCAAUUCCACACACAACUGCAAGAUCGUUGGCAGAAAUUGGCAACUUCCAUCGCUCAGAUGCAGAACACAGCUACUAGCAGUUAUAACGUUGGGCAAGAAGUCUCGUUGGAUAACAAGUUGAGUUUGUUGGAGAGGGAGUUGAAAGAGCUUGCAACAAUACUUUCGGAUAUGCAUGGAGUGAUGAAAACCGAAGAAGAACUUCAACUGUACAUUGAGCGGUUGCAGGUGCUGAGCAGCGGCGUGGCCCGCAUCCAGGACGAUCUGGGCUGCGUAGGUUGCCUGCUGUCUGCGGCUGAGUCCGACCGCGUGUGUCGCCUGCUGGGCGGUGCUCGAACCCUGGAAGCGGCACUCGGCGACGAGCUCGAGGCUGCUCAGGUGCUGCGAGACCGGCUGCAGGCCAUCAGGCGGGGGCUGGCUAGAGUCAGGCGUGAUCAGGCCAGGGCCACCUGUGUGCUCGACCAGUGCGAGGCAAACACAAGGCUGGGUCAUGACAAGGUGCAGCAGGCGCAUGUCAACUGCAUGGGAGUAAGUGAUGCCUUGAAAGAACAAUGGCAAGACCUAAUGUUGCAGCGUCAGCUACUGCACAAUCUGCCAAUGCGCACACGUGUCUCUGUGUCGCCGGUCCACGUGGAGCGCGAGAUCUCUUCGCUGCAGGACGCUCACAGUCGACUGGAGCAACGCUGUCGCAACCUGUUGCAAAUGCUGAUGCAACGUCUCGGACUCUGGCAACGCUUCCACACGCAGCUGGAACGCGUACAGCAAUCUGCGCAUCAGGCUGACUAUAUGAUGCAGAUACUGGCUGUGCAGGGAUCUGUCGAUUAUGAGCGGCUGGUCAAGGCUACCGAACGGCUUGAGGACCUGUCAGCCAGCCUGAGCGAGAAGGAGAGUGAGAUAGACGACCUGCGAGGGGCGGCCGACCCGUUGACGGCCGACUGUGUGCCGGAAGUGGCCGAGCAGAUCGCCGACGCUGUCCAGGAGGCAGUUACCGUCUGGCAGGAGACGGCCGACUCUUUGCAGAGCGUCUGCGGCCGUUACCAGCAGGCGGUGCGUCUGUGGGCACAGUACCGCGUGGCGUCUGCCGCAAUUGCCGCCUGGGCCGACCAGCAGGCCAGUCUGGCUCCCAACGAAGCUCUGCCUCAACUGGCGGUGUGCGAAGAAACACUGACGGCGCAAAAAGAACGACUGAGCGAGCUGCGAGACAUGGUGGCGAAGAUAGCCGAGGAUGUGGGCGUGGAGGGCAGCGCUCUCUUGCAGGGCGAAGUGGAAUCUCUGGCUCGCCGCCUGGAGGACGUGAAGGAGGCGAUCACCACCCUGGCGCACAUCUCUGAGGACAAGGAACAGUGCACUGACGACCUGUCCAAGACUAAGCACUUCUUGGAGAAUCUUCGCGAGGUCAGUGAAUCAACAUUAGAUCAGUCGGAAAUGCAAAUCGUCCAAUAAAUAAAACAUCCUAUC